ACCCGUAUCUCCAUCCUUAUAUAAGCCCUAGCCCCCAAGGUGCUCCUUGCAGCUUUUGGCAAUGGAGCCCGCAUUUCCCAACGGAGGUGCGGCUGCUCCACCACCGCCCAUGGCGGCGGAGCAGCUGCCGCCGGCGGCGGCGGUGGUCCGGGAGCAGGACCGCCUGAUGCCGAUCGCGAACGUGAUCCGCAUCAUGCGGCGCGUGCUCCCGCCGCACGCCAAGAUCUCCGACGACGCCAAGGAGGUGAUCCAGGAGUGCGUGUCGGAGUUCAUCAGCUUCGUCACCGGCGAGGCCAACGACCGGUGCCACCGCGAGCACCGCAAGACGGUCACCGCCGAGGACCUCGUCUGGGCCAUGGACCGCCUCGGCUUCGACGACUACGUCCCGCCGCUCACCGCCUACCUCCGCCGCAUGCGCGAGUACGAGGGCGGCGGAUCAGGUGGUGGUGGUGGUGGUGGCCGUGGCGCCGCCGCCGCCCCCGCCGUCGUGCCGCCGCCGCCGCCGCCGCCUCCCGAGGACGCGUUCCGCUACGUGCAGGUCCAUCAUCCCGUGUACGCGGCGCCAGGUGAGCCGGUGCAGGGGUACGGUUACCCCGUGGCCAUGUCGUCUGCUCUGCCGGCGCCGCACGUGCACGUCGGCGUCCGCGGCGGCGGGCAGCACGAGGUGUUCGGUGGCGGGCCGGCGCCCCUGGCUGUCUACUACGGAGGAGCGCCGUACGGCGAGGCCAGCAGCCGCGGCGGCUGCUCUGCCGCCGACGAGGGGAGCUCGUCGUCGAGCGCCUCGCCGGCGCCGGUCGGCCCCAACUAUGAGUAAAAACAAAAGAAGAAGAAAAUCAAACUCUUCCCCGGCUGACAGGUGAUCGAGCUCGUCGUCUACAAAUUAUCAAUCGUCUGUCGAUCGAUUAGCAUGUAAUCUAAUAAAAAAACUUAAGCUAGCUUAAGACUUAAUUAGACAUGUUCUGUUCAUCUUUCCGCCACCGUUUCAUCGAAAGAGAUUAAGAAUGUGGUAGUAGCUAGAAAUCAUUUCGAGCUCGAAUUACUUAAUCGUGUUGAUUAAUUGCAAUGAUGAACUAACAAGAGGAAAUGAUGUAGUAGUAUUAACUACGAGCGUUUCAUCUCGAUUAAUUAAUUUCUGCCAAGAGUA